AUGCUUCUUCUUCUCAUAUACGCCACCGCCGCGGCUUCCGCAGCCACAGCCAGCACCCCGGGCCUCCGCAAGCUGAGCAACCUCGUCACCUUUGGCGACAGCUACACAGACGAAGGCCGGCUCAACUACAUCUUCAGCCACAACGCCCUGCCUCCCCCCGGCGAGCUGCUGCCGGUCAACAACGCAACCUCGGUAGGCGGCUACGCCUGGCCGCGGCUCGUGGCGCAGAAGACGGGGGCCAAGCUCUACGACUACGCCGUGGCCGGCGGCAUGUGCUCCGACAGCGUCACGCAGCACUUCCUCAGCAACAUCAACGGGCCGUUCCCGUCCAUCCUCGACUACGAGGUGCCGGCGUUCAGGACGGACCUCGGGUACAGGGGCCUGUAUCCGGACCGGCGGCCGGACAACACGGCGUAUGCGCUGUGGAUCGGGACCAACGACCUGGGCAUCGACGGGUUCCUGGGCGACAAGCAGGUCCGCGGCGCCACGAUCCCGGACUUUGUCGAGUGCGUCUGGAAGGCCCUGGACGGCGUGUACAGGCUCGGCGGGAGGCACUUUGUCCUGCUCAACGUGCUCCCGCUGCAGCUCUCGCCCAUGUACGCCUCGGUCGACAACGGCGGGACGGGCAACAACGAGUACUGGGGCAACAAGGCGACGUACAACACGACGGAGACGCAGGACCGGAUGGAGCAGUACCUGAGCAGCGCCAACAGCAUGUUCGCCACGGGGGCGCCGUAUAACCUGCUGGUCAAGAGGCGCUGGCCGGGGGCGACGGUGAGUCUGCUGGACGUGCACUCGCUGCUGCUGGAUCUGAGGGCAGACCCGACGAGGUAUUACACGGAGCCGGUCAACAUCACGGGGUCGUGGAGGGGAUGCGGCGAUGCGGGCUGUUGGCAGUCGACGAAUCCGCAGUCGAGCUUUGUGUGGUACGACGAGGUGCAUCCGUCGGAGAGGACGUGCGAGCACGUAGCUGAUGAGUUUAUCAAGCUGCUGGAUGGACGGUCGAGAUACGGGGUCACGUACCGUUAA